ACAUGUCAUGGCUUUCAUAUGUUUCUUUCUGUCAUUCUUUCCUCUACUUAUAGUUUGGCGUAAUCUUUGAGGCAGAUUUCCACCUUUCUUGCUUGCCAUGCUGCGUCCACCAGAGUUGGCUUUUUGUGCCAUAUCACUGUUCUCUAUUUCUUUUCUUGGAAGUGUAAACUUACCGGAUGACUGUUGAGCAGAGAGCUAGUUGACAUUAGAUCCAGAAAAUACUAUAUAGAGGCAGAUACGAGUCUGCUUCUCAUCAAGCACGAUGGAUAAGAUGGACGAUGGGGGCCACCGCGAAAAUAGGAGACACAGAAUGGAUUGCUCCAGAGGAGGUCAUGCACCGUGGAACAUGGUACCUCCUUACCAGAUGAAGGACCAAGAGGCUAUCAUAAUGAAUACGAAAAUCAGAAUGAUAUUUGCUGAAAGAGAUGCUGCUGUUGAAGAACGGAAUAAAGCGGUGAUUGAAAAGAAGGAAGCAUUCGCUGAGCGAGAUUUUGCAAUCCAGCAGCGAGAUGCCGCAUUUGCUGAGCGAGAUACUGCCAUCAAAGAAAGGGACAAUGCAAUGGCUGCCCUCCACUUUUUAGAAAGUACCAUGAAUGGCACAUUGGGUAGUAGGACACGUGGGACAAAGCGCCCCGGUCAACCUAAAAAUCAUCGCAGCAAUAACACUGAUUCUGUUUGUAUAAAUAGGGAUGUGCCCGUAGCUGAUGCUUUUCCUAUAUCGGCCAUUUCAUCUGAAGCUGCUAAGGCACUCCAAGUAAAACGAUCAAAAGUAAACAAAGGCAUGUCAACGAAGUCAGCAAAAUCUCCAAAGAAGGCAAAGAAAGUGAAUGAAGAUUUGAAUCGGCAUCUUACAACGGAUGGAUCUAAAGCUGAAUGGGAUGCUCAGGAUCUUGGGUCGAUAACCCAGAUCCAGUUUGACGAGUCUACCAUGCCAAUACCUGUUUGCACAUGUACGGGAAUACCAAGGCAGUGUUACAAAUGGGGAAGUGGGGGAUGGCAGUCAUCUUGCUGCACUACAUAUCUGUCAGAAUAUCCACUACCACAAUUGCCAAACAAACGCCAUGCCCGUUUAGGUGGUAGGAAAAUGAGUGGAAGCGUUUUUAGCAGAUUGCUUACAAGGCUUGCAGUAGCUGGCCACGAUCUGUCUAUGCCCAUUGAUCUUAAGACUUAUUGGGCUAAACAUGGUACAAAUCGUUACAUUACCAUUAAAUGAUGCAUCAAUGUUGGUUUAUUGGCUAGUUGCUUUUUCGGAGGGUACAUAUUAGGCCUGGAUGACAGAGAUGCUUGAUAGGUAUCCGAGGAAGGAAACCCAAGAGCUUGACUAUAUGAUCAAAAGCCCUUUCGGAUGUUCAGGAUGACCUGUGCUGUGACUAAAUGCAAUGGAACUGACUUUUGGUUCAGUUAUUUGCAGCACUUUUCUGGUAUUUAUCGUCGGCUAUCUGUUUUUUGGCACUUAAUCUUGUACAAAGGAGUUUCUAGGAAUUGCAGGUAUACUAUUUUGAGCUUCUCCUUAUUCAUAACUAAUAAGAAAGCUUCUAUUUUUCAUGUUUCUUAUCUUAGUCGGAGCUUAACGUGGUCAUUAACUCAUUGCAACUUCUCCUUCUCUGCUCCUGUAAUGCAAGUACUUGCUAAUUUCAUUGAAUUUAACUU